AUGGCACCUCUCCUCCUCUUGUCCUUGCUCCUGCUGCUGUCCUCUACUUCUCUUCAAGCUCAACAGAACAUAACCUUAGGCUCCUCCUUGGUACCCGAAGGGCCUAGCAGCUUUUGGCUCUCGCCGUCCGGCAACUUCGCGUUCGGCUUCCGGGCCAUUGAGGGUAACGCCUCCUUCUAUCUGCUCGCUAUCUGGUUCGACAAGACCAGUGAUAAGACGGUGGCUUGGUAUGCCAAGACCACUGAUCCAGAUCCAGCGCUGGUACAAGUUUCAUCCGGUUCACGCCUCCAGCUCAACUCCAAUGGGGUGCUCUCACUCCAGGAUCCCACGGGAACAGAGGUAUGGAAUCCUCAAGUUGUGGGUGCAGCCUAUGCUGCCAUGCUUGAUGCUGGAAAUUUUGUACUGGUUGCUGCAGAUGGAUCUACCAAAUGGGAGAGCUUCAAAAACCCUACAGAUACCAUCCUGCUUUCUCAGGUGCUCACCCCAGGAAUGAAUCUCCGCAGCCGAAUCAUCCCCACAGACUACUCCAAUGGCCGGUUCCUCCUUAACCUGCAAAGUAUUGGUGUUUUUCUUUAUACGGUUGCUGUACCCUCCGGUAACCAAUAUGACCCCUAUUGGUCAAUGGCUGGGAACAUUACCAAUGUGGUGUUCAAAGCGACUGGCGUGGUAUACAUCACCUUGGAGGACAGGACACAAAUCAGUAUGACAUCUGGGGCCACCGGCUCCAUGGCAGACUACUACCAUCGUGCUACACUUGACCCAGAUGGUGUGUUCAGGCAAUAUCGGUACCCAAAGAAGGUCAGCAACCUGAGUAGUCAGGCAUGGGCAGUAGUGGACUUCAAGCCCCCAAAUAUCUGUGAAGCACAACUGACAAACGAUGGAAGCGGUAUUUGCGGGUUUAAUAGUUACUGCAUGUUCAAUGGCACAAACAACCAGAGUAUUUGCAAGUGCCCAGAGCAGUACUCAUUUAUUGAUGAGGAGAGGCAGGAUAAAGGCUGCAAACCCGAUUUCGAACCACAAAGUUGUGACUUGGAUGAAGCAGCUGCCAAGAUGCAGUUUAAGUUGAUAGCGAUGAGCCAUGUGGAUUGGCCUCUAGCUGACUAUGAGCAGUAUGCCCCCAUAACUAAGGAUCAGUGCCAGCAACUCUGCCUGACAGAUUGUUUCUGUGCCGUCGCCGUCUUCCAUGAUCAAAGUAAUACAUGUUGGAAGAAGAAGAUGCCUCUGUCAAAUGGCAAAAUGGGGGAUAAUGUGGAGAGGACACUUUUUGUCAAGGUACGGAAGAACAACAGUACACAAUCUGAGCUUGUUGGUUCCAACAAAUGGAAGAAAGACAAGAAUAAAUGGAUCCUUGGAAGUUCAUUGUUUUUGGGAAGCUCUGUACUGGUUAACGUUCUGCUCAUGUCAGUUAUACUUUUUGGUGCUUACUGUACUAUCACCAUAAAGGAAGCCCCAUCUCUGCAGUCAUCAAACAAUAUAGGAUUGCCCUUGAAAGCCUUCACUUAUAUUGAGCUUGAGAAGGCAACCAGUGGAUUCCGGGAGGUGCUUGGCACUGGUGCCUCGGGGAUUGUGUACAAGGGCCAGCUACAAGAUGAUCUCGGUACUGAGAUUGCUGUUAAGAAAAUUGACAAGCUUGAGCACGAAAUGGAGAAGGAGUUCAGUGUUGAAGUCCAAACUAUUGGACAGACGCACCACAAGAACUUGGUUAGGUUGCUAGGAUUCUGCAAUGAAGGAAAAGAAAGACUAUUGGUGUAUGAAUUCAUGACUAAUGGAUCACUCAAUCAAUUUCUAUUUGGUGAUGCCAGGCUUCAGUGGAACCUUCGAGCUCAGAUUGCUCUUGGAGUGGCAAGGGGGCUGCUAUACUUACAUGAGGAAUGCAACACACAGAUUAUCCAUUGUGACAUAAAGCCCCAGAACAUCCUUCUCGAUGGCAACUUCACAGCAAAGAUCUCGGACUUUGGCUUAGCUAAACUUCUCCGAACAAACCAGACACAAACAAAUACAGGUAUCCGGGGUACCCGAGGAUAUGUAGCUCCUGAGUGGUUCAAGAGCAUCGGUAUCACGGCCAAGGUGGAUGUGUACAGCUUUGGGGUCAUCCUGUUGGAGCUCAUCUGUUGUCGGCGGAAUGUUGAGUUGGAUGCUGCAGAAGAUCAAAAAAUACUGACUGACUGGGCAAAUGAUUGUUAUAGGUGUGGCAGGGUUGAUUUUCUGGUGAAGGGUGAUGAUGAAGCAACUCUCAAUUUGACGAAGGUGGAAAGGUUUGUGGCAGUGGCAUUGUGGUGCCUUCAGGAGGACCCAACUAUCAGACCUACAAUGCUCAAAGUGACACAAAUGCUUGACGAAGCAGCUGCAGUCCCCACUCCUCCUGAUCCUUCUUCCUUCAUCAGUUCACUUCCAUAGUAUUGCUCCUGCAUAUUUUAAGAUUAUUAUAUGUGUCAACCAACACAAUGGUGUCAGAAAUUAGAUAUAGUUACCUACUGAAAGAAAAAGCUACAUACUGAAAGUUAUUGCCUCUGAUACUGCUGCAAUGAUGCUCACAUGUACUGUAAAGAGCACUUGUUGUACUGUGUGUAGCAAUGGGCCGCAGUGGCUGUUAGGAAGGCAUCGUCUUCCCAACAAUAAUAUCAGUUCCCUAACAUCAAUUAUUUUCCUUGAAUAAAAAUUAGUUACUUGUGUGUGGUAUCUCA